AUGAGAAACUUUGCUUUGAUUGUGAUCGUUAUUAUCUCCACAAAUCAAGUGGGCGGACAAUUAAUCCGCUAUACACUGUCAAGUACCUCCACUACCGUGAGUGCUCUUAUAGAUAUGUUUUAUCAACUACCGAUUUUUUCUGGGCCAUUUCGUGUGGCCGAAGAAAUUAUAAGCAGCGGCAGGGGUGCGAUUACGGGUGCGAUUACGUCAUUAUCGGGCACGGUAAUCCACGCCCUUGGUGGUCAUUUGCCGACUCUUAUCAACAAAACUAUACUAAAACAUUUUGACGACAUCGUUGCAGAUUACCACGCCGGUUUAGGGAAUGAAGACAUUACGCUUUCGAUUGAGAAAAUUAUUGAGAAAUACAAUCAUAAAGUGGAAAAACACUUUGUAACGACUGAGGAUCAAUAUUGUUUAACCUUAUUUCGAAUACCUAAUAAAGGACCAGCGGUGUUUUUGAUGCACGGUUUGCUUGGAAGUUCGGAUGAUUUUGUUGUUGCAGGCCCCGAAGGCGGACUGGCCUUCCUCCUUGCCAGAGAAGGCUAUGAUGUGUGGAUGGGGAAUGCUCGUGGCAACAAACACUCAAAACAACAUUUAAUCUUAAAUCCGUCGGACGCCAUAUUCUGGGACUUCUCAUGGCAUGAAAUAGGUUACUAUGAUUUACCGGCGAUGAUCGAUUACGUCCUCUCGUCUAAAAAUACCUCAUCGUUAAAAUAUAUUGGGUAUUCUCAAGGUACCACCACAUUUUUUGUUAUGACAUCUGAGAGGCCGGAAUAUAACGAGAAAAUUUCUGCAAUGAUCGCGUUAUCUCCUGUAGCUUUCAUGACGAAAGUAAGGUCACCCAUCGUCAGACUAUUCACGCCGGGAACUCCAUUAAUUUAUUACAUAACCAAAAUUUUCGGGAUACACGAGUUUCUACCGGACAACAACGUCAUUCGGAGUUUAAAGUUUCUUCUGUGUGGUACUCUGCCGUUGGCGGAAAUCUUGUGCAGUAAUGUGAUCUUCCUAUUUACCGGUUUUGGUUAUGAGCAAUUGAACGUGACCAAUCUUCCUGUACUAUACGGGCACAUGCCAGCCGGAGCGUCGGUUAAGCAGAUCGUGCACUUCGGCCAAGGAACAAUGUCUGGUGACUUCAAAAUGUUUGAUUACGGAUAUUUUAACUUAAAGCUGUACGGUAACAAAGAACCCCCACACUAUCACCUGUACAAAGUUGUGACACCUGUGUAUCUCUUCUACAGCGACGAAGACUGGCUUGCUCACCCUGACGAUGUCGAGAAGCUGUAUUCCAGUUUAGGCAACGCAAAAGAAAUGUAUAAAGUUCCAUUUGAACCUUUUACUCAUGUAGAUUUCAUUUGGGGAAAAGACGUAAAGACGUUGAUUUACGAGAAGCUGAAAACUAUCUUAUUAACACAUUAA